AGGAACUGGUGCUGGGCUCUGAGGGAGAGGAGCAGCAUCCACCACCAGAGGAGUGACCAGGAGGGCUGGGCUGACACUACUCUGUGCAUUGCUAGGAGCUGCUGGGUGGCUACUGAAUGACAUCUACACUGUGCAAGGAAUACAGCCCGAUGCACAGACCUCAAUGCAAUUUUGGAAGGACAUGAGGAACACAUAGGAAGGUGGCAUCACCCAGCACUGCUUAUGGUGAAUGCUCUGCAGAUCUGAGGGCAAGAAAUAGAUACAGCACAAGUUCUUGUCCACUUUCUAGAGCUCUUUUCUGAAGGAGGAUCUUUAUUUCUGGUCUGUCUUGGUGGCAAGGAGAAGACUCCAGAGAUGACCACCUAGGAUACAGGCUAAGCAUGAUUUGGGGUCAGAUGGAGCAGAAAGUACUGAAAAGCCAUGGACAGCUUGCCUCGGUGAAGGUCAUCUCUUCUAGGGAAGACUAAAGUAUUUGCUGAUUCUUCAGGCUUCUUGGGGGGUCUUCUUUUCCUGGAAUUAGGGCUCAUUCUAUUAAUUGGAUGUCUGGUACUAUGUAAACAUGGGUCUACUUGCUCCAGUCCUGCUGUGUGGAUUCUUGUGUCAGGUUCUUGGAUCUCGACUCCGUCAGGAAGAUUUUCCUCCUCGGAUCGUAGAACAUCCAUCAGACGUAAUUGUGUCCAAGGGAGAGCCGACCACAUUAAACUGCAAAGCAGAAGGCAGACCCGUGCCAACAAUUGAGUGGUACAAAGACCUAGAAAGAGUAGAAACUGACAAAGAUGACCCCCGCUCCCACCGAAUGCUGCUCCCCAGCGGAUCUUUAUUUUUCUUACGCAUCGUUCAUGGGCGAAGGAGUAAACCGGAUGAAGGAAGCUAUGUGUGUGUUGCCCGGAAUUACCUUGGUGAAGCCAUGAGUCGAAAUGCAUCACUGGAGGUUGCCUUGCUUCGAGAUGACUUCCGGCUCAACCCUACAGAUGUGGUGGUGGCAGCUGGAGAACCAGCCAUUUUGGAAUGCCAGCCACCCAGAGGACAUCCAGAACCAACUAUCUAUUGGAAGAAAGACAAAGUGCGAAUAGAUGACAAAGAUGACAGAAUUAGUAUUCGUGGUGGGAAGCUGAUGAUCUCCAACACAAAGAAAAACGAUGCUGGCAUGUACACUUGUGUUGGAACCAAUAUGGUUGGAGAAAGAGACAGUGACCCUGCUGAACUCACGGUAUUUGAACGACCUACUUUUCUCAGAAGACCAAUUAACCAGGUAGUUCUAGAGGACGAGGCUGUCGAGUUCCGAUGUCAGGUCCAGGGGGAUCCACAGCCAACAGUCCGGUGGAAAAAAGAUGAUGUUGACUUGCCAAGAGGAAGAUAUGACAUCAAGGAUGAUUACACUUUGCGGAUUAAGAAGGCUGCCAGUAUUGAUGAAGGGACGUACACUUGUAUUUCGGAGAACCGGGUCGGUAAAGUGGAGGCCUCAGCAACGCUCACAGUAAGAGUUCGCCCUGUUGCUCCUCCUCAAUUUGUGGUGAGACCGCGCGACCAGAUCGUAGCUCAAGGACGGACGGUGACAUUCCCUUGUGAAACUAAAGGAAAUCCUCAACCUGCUGUUUUCUGGCAGAAGGAAGGAAGUCAGAAUCUGCUUUUCCCAAAUCAACCACAAGCCAACAGUAGAUAUUCAGUGUCCCCAACUGGAGACCUAACCAUCGCCAACAUCCAGCGUUCAGAUGCCGGCUACUACAUUUGCCAGGCUUUGACAGUAGCUGGAAGCAUAUUGGCAAAAGCCCAGCUGGAAGUGACUGACGUCUUAACAGACAGACCACCUCCGAUAAUACUACAAGGCCCAGCCAACCAGACAUUGGCGGUAGAUGGGACCGCAUUGCUCAAAUGCAAAGCAACGGGCGACCCCAUGCCAGUCAUAAGCUGGUUAAAGGAAGGAUUAAAUUUUAUGGGACGAGAUACAAGAUUAUUCAUUCUUGAUAAAGGAUCACUACAGAUUAAAUCUCUAAAGACCACUGAUUCUGGCACCUACACAUGUGUUGCUACAAGUUCAAGUGGUGAAACUACAUGGAGCUCUGUUCUGGAAGUGACAGAAUCUGGUGGAGCAACCGUAAGCAAGAACUUGGAUAUAAAUGACUUACCUGGGUCACCAUCGAAGCCUCAAGUUACUGACGUCAGCAGGAAUAGUGUUACUUUGUCUUGGCAAGUGGGCACUCCAGCAGCCCUGCCUGUGACAUCUUAUAUCAUUGAAGCCUUCAGCCAAUCUGUCAGCAAUAGUUGGCAGACGGUAGCAAAUCAUGUGAAGACCACGCUGUAUACCGUGAAAGGGCUUCGACCAAACACAAUAUAUCUUUUCAUGGUGAGAGCCAUCAAUGCUGAAGGUCUUAGUGAUCCAAGCCCAAUGUCAGAUCCUGUGCGAACACAAGAUAUAAGUCCAACAGUUCAAGGUGUAGAUCACCGGCAAGUCCAGAAAGAGCUGGGAGAUGUGAUUGUUCGACUUCAUAAUCCUGUGGUCCUUUCACCUACCGCUAUCCAGGUCUCCUGGACGGUGGAUCGUCAAUCCCAGUUCAUCCAAGGAUACAGGGUGAUGUACCGUCAGACAACCGGUCUGCAGUCUCCAUCGGCAUGGCAGAACUUUGAGGUCAAGGUUCCAGCCGAACGUAGCACCACGAUCUCCAAUUAAAAAGGAGUUACUUAUGAGAUUAAAGUUCGACCUUAUUUCAAUGAAUUUCAAGGGAUGGAUAGUGAGUCAAAGUCAGCCCGGGACAACGGAAGAACCCCAAGUGCUCCUCCGCAGUCUGUUACAGUCUUGACAGUCGGGAGCAACAAUAGCACAAGUAUCAGCGUCUCCUGGGACCCUCCUCCGUCCGAUCACCAGAAUGGAAUAAUUCAGGACUACAGGAUUUGGUGUCUAGGCAAUGAGACCCGGUUUCAUGUCAACAAAACUGUAGAUGCUGCUAUCCGUUCAGUGGUGAUUGGAGGACUUUUUCCUGGGAUCCAGUAUCGGGUUGAGGUUGCUGCAAGCACGAGUGCUGGGAUCGGUGUAAAAAGUGAUCCUCAACCUAUAUUAAUCGGAAACCGCAAUGAAGUUUUAAUCACUGAGAAUAACAACAGCAUCACCGAGCAGAUCACAGAUGUUGUAAAGCAGCCGGCCUUCAUCGCAGGAAUUGGUGGUGCAUGCUGGGUAAUUCUCAUGGGAUUCAGCAUAUGGCUGUACUGGCGCAGAAAGAAGAGAAAGGGGCUCAGCAACUAUGCUGUCACGUUUCAAAGAGGAGAUGGAGGACUAAUGAGUAACGGAAGCCGCCCAGGACUUUUAAAUCCAAGUGACCCUAAUUAUCCAUGGCUUGCCGACUCCUGGCCAGCUUCUAGCAUGCCCGUAAACAACAGCAACAAUGGACCAAAUGAUCUGGUGAAUUUUGGAUGUGGAGAUGUACUGCCAGCAGCACCAGGCCAGGGAGACAAAACAGCGACCAUGUUGUCAGAUGGCGCCAUUUACAGUAGCAUAGACUUUACUACCAAAUCCAGCUUUAACUGCCAAGGACAAAUAACCCAGACCACGCCAUACGCUACUACGCAGAUAUUGCACUCCAACAGCAUUCAUGAGCUGGCGGUGGACUUACCUGACCCACAGUGGAAAUCUUCAGCUCAGCAGAAGUCUGAACUGACCGGAUUAGGGUAUUGUCUACCUGACCAAGGCAAAGGAAACAACGGUGGUAAAGGAGGGAAGAAGAAGAAGACCAAAAACAGUAAUAAGUCUCAGAAAAAUAAUGGUUCUAACUGGGCUAAUGUGCCACUACCUCCUCCACCCAUCCAACCCCUUCCAGGCACUGAGAUAGAACAUUAUGGCUUAGAACAUCAGGAAACAGGGUAUGACAGUGAUGGAUGGUGUCCUCCCCUACCAGUCCAGACAUACUUACAUCAAGGCUCUGAUGAUGAGCUAGAAGAGGAUGAUGACAGGGUUCCUACUCCACCAGUACGUGGCGUUGCAUCUUCUCCAGCCAUCUCAUUUGGCCAACAGUCUACAGCAACACUGACGCCAUCACCGAGGGAGGAGAUGCAGCCCAUGCUCCAGGCUCACCUGGAUGAGCUAACAAGAGCCUACCAGUUUGAUAUCACAAAGCAGCCCUGGCAUUUACAGAGCUGCAGCCAGCCACCACUGGCCUCCAUUCCUCCAAUGGGAUACGUGUCAGGAGCUUUUAUAUCCGACCUAGAGAAAGAUCUACCCGAUCUUGGUGAAGAAGAUGAAAUGAGCCGUCCUCUCCGAGGCCUAGAGCAUACUCCAGGAUCCAGUAUGGACAAUCUGGACAGCUCCAUCACAGGUUCUAUGGUAAAUGGAUGGGGGUCCGCAUCUGAUGAGGAUCGUAACUUUUCUAGUCGUAGAUCUAGUGUAGUUAGCUCUUCCGAUGAUUCGAUAUUUAUGAACGGCAACUUUGCACAGUCACUCGUUGCAGCAGCAGAUAAAGCUGGUUUCACACUAAAUGGAACCAGCCUAUCAAGAGCAGGAAAAAUGCAAUCUUUUUGUCAAAAACCAAGACCUUCAAGUCCAUUUUCUGGGGACAGUAACAAUUCAGUCAUGAAUCACAACAACCAAAGGCCAAGACCUACUAAAAAACACAAGGGAGGCCGGAUGGAUCAGCCUCCUGGAGUUCGAAGAGAAGGAAUGAUAGAUGAUCUUCCACCUCCACCCGAACCUCCACCUUGUCAAAGUUUAAGACAGCAAAUGCCCAAUCAACGUAGUGCUCCUCCAGAAAGAAAAGCCAGUUCUCUUGAGAGGCAUACUUCCAACAUGGAGGAUAGUAAGACCUCUAUGGAACGCCAUGGUAGAACAUCUUUAGAACGGCAGCGGCAAACACACGAAUGGCUUAGCUGCACAGAUCGGCAAAACAAACAUGCUUUUGGCUCAGAUGAAGUGCUCAUGCCGUACAGCAAGCCAAGUUUUCCUUCACCUGGAGGACAUAGUUCUACAGGAACCACUUCUUCUAAAGAGUCCACUGGACCAAGGAAAGGCGACUUUAUGAGAGGUCACCAGCGCAAUGCCAUUGAUUUUCUUGAUGUAGGAUAUUUGGGGACAAACAGUCAAGGACAGUUUACAGGUGAAUUAUAGUACUGAAAAGCUAUGACACAAGCUGCUCUAUAGACCAGUCGGUCUGGACUGAUGAAAGUCACGAGGAAACUCAAAAACAGUGCAAUGGACAUUCAUUUAUUUAUGUAGGAUUGGAAGGACUGUAAAUGCAAUGUAAAGCCACAGAAAGUCACACAUAUCCCACAGACAAUUUACUUUCUCCUUCUCUUAUAUACACACCAUCCACCUUAAAUGUUUCUCGGCAGAAAAACACAAAAGAGGAACAAGGAAUCGGCAUCAAGGAGGAAAAAAAAAACAUUUUGGCUUUGUAUAUAUUGUUUUUUUUUUCUUUGAUUGCAUUCUUAUGCAAGCUUGCCCUCUUUUGUUCAUAUUAUUCUUCUUAAUAUUAUUGUCUGUCCUUAUUGUUCUAUUGUACUAUACUGUAUGUGAAUUAAUAGGCUGUGGUGCCAUAUAAAAAAAAGAAAAAGAAAAAAAAAGAAACAAAAAAUCUUUUGUUUAACUGUGUAACAUUCAUGUUUAAAUUUUGCACUGCGAUUUUUUUCUUUGAUGAUAAGCACAAAACCUUACUCCUUGUGACGUGGAGGGAAGAGACUGAAUGUGACGGGACGUUCUGUACUAUAAAAACACAUGGCAUAUUGCUACAGGUACUCUAUCUGUGCAGGAUCACACGAGUGGUAUUACCUGGUAUACAGAGAAGAAGAAAAAAAUACAGAGAUUCUGGCGAAUAGAUUGGAACAACAAGGAUCUAAACGAAGCAAUAUGUUUGUUCUUUCUUGCUUUGAUUAUGGUGAAGAUCUAUGUCAUUGUUAUAUGAGAGUAUGAAUACAUGUAUUCACUUGUGGACGUGCAUGUAUGUACAAUUUAUAUUUAUAUAUGAGCAUAUAUUUUUGAAUAUGCGCAUAUAUAAGUCACGCACAUUUGUGUAUAUUAUAAUGACUAACAUCCACUCUGGUAAUGUUGACUUAAGUGGAAUAUUUUUUUUUUUUACCUCUUUUUCGAAGACAGCCGUAGGAUAGGUAGAAAAGCCUUAAAUACAUACACUUUAGGGAAUUCAGACCAAUUAAUGAAUAUAUCCCUUUCUCUUUCGGUUCAAAGAACCAACUGUUAGAGACAUGUAUCUUCACAAGCUAUCUAUAGGCAGGGAUCAACUGGGCAGUUUUUCAUAUAUAUAUAUAUAUUGUUGGCCUGUCUACAUUAAAUUCAUAUUUUCCAAGGCCCUAUUAUUAAACAAUGCUAUGGGGGCUAUACUUCAUGGUUGGAAAGAAGAGGAUGAUUAUCUUCCAGUUCUUACAGUACACUGACUGCUGGUCCAACUCAUUAGAAUGCAGAAAAUAAUGGCUGUUUAGUCAAAGUUAUCUUGAAUUUGAACCUUAGUUUCAAAACACAAUAAUUUUCCUUAUUUCACAUCCAAACUCUGAUACAUAAAGGGGUUUUCCGGUUUGCAUCACCAUCCUUUAAAAUUAUCAUUUAUGAUGGGAGCUGUAAUUUUAUAAUUGCAUUGUAUUGCUCUUAGCUUCCAUUCUGGGCUGUAGUCACAUGACCGUGUCCAUGCAGCUCUUUCUUAUUUCCUGUGAUGUGAAGUCAAUGGGCGGGCCAGUGAUAGGAGACUGUUUAUUUAAUCAGCUGGGUGUGAGGAGCUAUAAACUAGCUGGGCUUUGUUAGGGGCGGUGCUGGAGCUGCGGCAGAGAAAAAGAAAGUGCAUCAUGGGUUUGGUUGGAUACAGCAACAGGAAGUGCUACAUGCAAGAUCGAAAUAAACCACAGUAAUUUGUUUACAUGGUGAAAAUGGGUCAGGAAAAAAAGGAAAAGCAUGGGGAAGAUGUACAUGAGGUAAGCAACUACAUGAGCAUUUCUGUUAAAAGCCAUAGCAAUCCCAGAAAAAACCCUUAGGCAGAAAUCCAAAUCAUUAAAUAAUUUUUUGCACUAGAAUGUCAUUAGAAAAGUUUAUGUAGGCAUCUUUUUCAUAUAUUUUUCCUAUAUUUCUUAAAUGAUGACAUCAUCAUACUAUACUCAUUCUAAAAUAGGGACUCAUUCUUACUGCUGGUCCAUCUAUUUAGGAUUUAGACCUAAACUUAUACAUCUGCUUGUUUUUUUAGCAGGGCAGAUGUAUCCCCAUAGCAUGGCUUGAAGCAAUUUUUCCUUAAACAAUUUACCCAAAUCAAAAAGUUAUUUAAUAAAAAAAAUAUAUAAUUUGCAGGAAUACUGCUCAUUUUUUUUUCUGUCCCCCUCAAAACUAACCAACGCAUUUCCAUGACUUUGCUAUUACUUGAAUUUUUACAUUGACUCUGGCUCACAUAUUUCAAAAAUAUCAAAGGUGUUCCAAAAAUUUCUCUCUUCAUCUACACCAACAUGGUCAGUUGGAGUCAUGGCAAAGUAUGUGUUAUACAACUGCAUAAAUAUUAAUUAUCUUACAACAUUAUAAUUGAGAUUGCCCCCUUAAACAAAAAAAAGAACAUUCCAGGGCUGGGGGUUUUGGCCACGUUCUGUUCAUUAGUGUCAUAGUCCAAUAUCUCUAGGCGAUAGCUCCCAAAAUUUUUAUGCAUGAAGUAAUGACCUUUUGAACUAUUUUCGAAUGAUAAAAUUCUGGGUAAAAUCUAGAUUUGAUUUUGUACCAGAAGCAGUGGAUAGGGCCCCCAUGGUACUAGUUAAUACUACUACACGCAUAAUUACCUGGGACUUUAACAUUCUCUAACACUGUAGGGUUCAUUUUUUUAUAUGCCCCAAAUUUAAACUUUCUAUUUAUUAUGCAAACAUUUGAACUAAAUUUGAAAAUUUUAAAUGCAAAAAAAAUUAGUAAAUAGCAAGUAUUUCAAUAAUGUAAAUACAUUUUGAAUAAUUUUAUGAUGUAAUACAAAGACAAAAAAAUUCCUUAUCUUAUUUAAUACUACAGGUCCCUAAUAUGGAUUGAGCUAUAUGUACUGCCGCAAACUUAAUGAUUCUGGGUAUGAAGUACCAAAAAUACAAUUUUUUCAAGAAGGACUUUGAAACUCUCAUUUCCCAAUCUUGCUGUUGCGAUAUUUUACAUCUAUUGUGUGACGUUGGUAUCAGAUAGCUGCAGAGAUUACAAGGAUCAUUAUGAGGGAUUGGUGGGGUUACACAUUGGACAGGGAAGCAUGAGAUUGUAUCCAAUUCUGGCCAUUUUAUAAAGAUACACCAAUGUAAGCAACGAUUUUUCUUGCAUUUCUCUUUGUCAUUUUGUAAAGGAUAAAUGCAAUGUACAGAAACUUGCUUCAACCUCAAUGGAAGAUUUUCUACACUGUACCUAGGAUACAUUUGUUAACUGAAGAAACAAAAGGCCAUGAAAUGUUGAAAAAAAUGAUUUUUUUUUUCUAGAAUAUUCUUUUACAUUUUUUUUUUGCGUUUAUGAAGAAUAUUGGUCUUUAUAGAGUUUAUAGGAAAUGCUAACCUGACAACCCGCUGAAGUCACUAUGUCAGUUCUUUCAAUGUAUGUUCUACCUUUUCCAUUGGCAAGUGGUUGUAACAGUAUUAAAAAUGUGCAUUCUCAUGACAUUGUCAAGCUGGUAAAUAUUUUUUUUGUCACCACAGACGUUUUCACCUGUGUAAAUUAGGUCACAAGCCAGGGUCAAAUAUGUCUUUUUACAAAUAUGAAAGGACUUGUUCUUAUGAAUUAAUAUUCUCUGACUGAAUAAUACAUAACAAAAGAAAAAAUACUGCUGUGUCUUCCUCUCCUUUACUUAGCAGGCUGUCACAUUGCCCGGGUCAUGACUGGUGUCCGGAUGUACCCGGGUCUAGGAAACAAUGCCAUGGGGCAAUAAGACUUCUGUACUGCAGUACCACGAAAAGUGCCCA